AUAAGAUACGAUGCAGCCUGGUUGUUGGCUGCCAGCCAGCCAACCAGCAGGAGCAGCAGUAGCAGUAGCAAUAGAAGCAUCAAAAGCAGCCGGAGCAGGAGCAGCAGCAACAGCAGCAGACGUUGCAUCCUCCGUUUAUGUGAAGUCAACAGCAUCUGUGGCCACAUUGGCCUCCAUCUCAUCGAUUGCUUCCACCUCGGCAUCGGCAAUGGCAGCGCUUGCACAGGCACGUCCCUAUUCGGCCACCACCUCAGCACCGCCCACACCACAGUCACAUGCGAUCCACCAUGCCAUGUCUAGUGUGCGUACAGCGCCCGCAACGCCAACACGGACAUCGAAGCGCACCGACGAUGUGGAUGGUGUGCAAGAUAUUGGAUUAACCGUUGCCAUCAGUGAGCUGUUGCCACCGGCACCACCACCACCACCAGCAGCCACGAUGUCAGCGCCCUAUAGCAAACCCAAAUCUCAGCGCUUCUUUUGGCGCAAGGCGCUGCGACGCGUCUUCCAGCGCCGCAAGUGACGUCAGCUGCGGCGUCGACGU